CGUCUUCGCUUAGUUGUGCGAGUACAUAACCCACCCGACACUCGUGCGGACACACAAUCGCAUCAGGAUGGACACGAGCAGCGUCGCCUCCAGCUCUCAAGAGCGGCCCAAAUGGGACAAUAAGGUCCAGUAUCUGCUCACCUGCAUCGGAUUCGCCGUGGGACUCGGGAACGUCUGGAGAUUCCCGUACCUCUGCCAGAUCUACGGAGGAGGUGCGUUCCUGAUCCCGUACCUGAUCGCGCUGGUCUUCGAGGGUCUGCCGCUGCUGUAUCUGGAGCUGGCCAUCGGUCAGAGUCUGAGGAAGGGCAGCAUCGGCGUCUGGCACUCCAUCUCUCCUCUGCUGGGCGGAGUGGGCGUGGCGUCGAUGAUCAUCUCGUUGCUGGUGGGAUUGUUUUAUAACACCAUCCUGGCCUGGGUUCUCUGGUACUUCUUCCACUCGUUUCAGGAGCCGCUGCCCUGGAGUCAAUGCCCCGUCAACGAUAACCGCACCGGUUAUCUGGAGGAGUGUGUUGCCAGCACACCGGUGAACUACUUCUGGUACAGACAGACGCUGAACAUCACUCCAGACAUCGAGGAGAGCGGCUCGCUGCAGUGGUGGCUCGUCGUGUGUUUGGCCUCGGCCUGGAGCAUCGUCUACAUCUGCUUCAUUCGGGGCAUCGAAACCAUCGGCAAGGCCGUGUACGUGACGGCGACGUUUCCGUACCUGGUGCUGACCAUCUUUCUGGUGCGGGCCCUCACGCUGCCUGGGGCCACAGACGGGCUCCGGUACCUCUUCACUCCAGACUGGACGCUGCUGAUGGAUCCUCAGGUGUGGCUGGACGCGGCGACGCAGAUCUUCUUCUCUCUGUCUCUGGCGUUCGGGGGACUCAUCGCCUUCUCCAGCUACAACCCCAAGAAGAAUAACUGUGAACGGGACGCUCUGGUGGUCGGGAUCAUUAACAGCGCCACGUCUCUCUACGCGUCCAUUCCCAUAUUCGCCAUCCUGGGCUUUAAAGCCACGAGUAACUUUAACUCCUGCAUUAACAGUAACAUCUUGGAUCUGACGAACGCUUUUAACGUCGCCGACAAAAACAUCACGAUUGAGAGCUACAACGACUGGUUAACGCACCUGAACACGACCGAUCCUGACACAGUCUCCGGUCUAAACCUCAAACAGUGUGACCUGCAGAACUUUCUGGACCAGAGUGCUUCAGGAACGGGUCUGGCGUUCAUCGUGUUCACGGAGGCCGUGACGGAGAUGCCGGGUUCGCAGGUGUGGGCCGUGCUCUUCUUCGUCAUGCUCUUCAGUCUGGGUCUGUCCUCCAUGUUCGGGAAUCUGGAGGGCGUCCUGACGCCGCUGCUCGACCUGCACCUGGUGCCCUCGUGGAUGCCCAAAGAGCUCUUCACAGGUUUGAUCUGUCUGCUGAAUUUCCUGGUGGCGCUGAUCUUCACGCUGGGAUCCGGGAACUACUGGCUGGAGAUCUUCAACAGUUACGUGGGCUCCGUCCCGCUCCUCGUCAUCGCCUUCUGCGAGCUCAUCGGCGUCGUUUUCUUCUACGGAAUGAAACGGUUCGGUGACGAUAUCGAGUACAUGACGGGUCAUCGGCCAAACCUGUUCUGGCGCGUGUGCUGGAUGGUCAUCAGUCCCGCCCUGCUGCUGGUGGUUCUGGUGGCCUACGUCGUGGUCCAGGUCCAGAAACACCCCACGUACCCCGCCUGGAACCCCCAAUACGAGAAGUUCCCGGAGGCGGAGGUGAAGUCGUACUCCAACUGGGUGUUUGCCAUCUGUGUUCUGCUCAGCACCGUUCCCGUGCUCUCCAUCCCCGUCGUGGCCGUUUACAGACUGAUCCGACGGCAAACGCGCCCGCAGAUGAUCGGCAGCAAACACCCGAACCCAUACGACAACGAGGCCUUCAGCGCAGACAGCUCCAAAGAGAUCUAGAGACUUUACGGACUUUAUGAUAUAUGGACAUUUCCCAUCAUUCCCUGCUGGAAACAAACCCCUGAAACGCCAUCUCAGGAUUUUAAUUUCCAUCAGGAAGAAACAAGGUUUUUAGCAUCUGAACUCUGUAAUUUACUGGAUGUUUAAAUUAUUUAAAUUACUUAAAAAAAAAAAAAAAAAAAAAAAAAAAAAGUUAGUGACAAAAUUAAUUUUUGUCCUUAAAGUAGGAGGGAAAAACAGAAAAGUAAUUGCUAAAAAAAAAAUUAUAUAAAUGAUUAAGCAAAUUUCCAAGGUGUGAAUGUCAUGUUUACAAAAAACUAAAAAAAAAUCUGAUAUAUAAUAAUAUAUAUAUUAAUAUUUUUUUAAUACACUACAUUAAAUUACAUCUGGAUUACGUAAUCAGAUUCCAUAUAUAUAUCAUUUUUUAAAAUUGAAUAUUUAUGGUAGUCUUUUUGAAAACUGAAAACAAAUUUAAUUAAACAUUUACGUAUUUUAUAUAUAUAUAUAUAUAUAUAUAUGUGUUGUUUGUCUGUUUGUUUUGCUAGCUAUUAUAUUUCUACUUAAUGUAAUAUUUAAUAAAUUUUGUUGUAAUUAUAGUACUCUUC